GAAGUGCAGAAGAUCCAUUCCGGUCUCGUUUUCGUCAACCACUUCGCGCGAAGAAACGUACUGGAACGUGGGAGGAAACCGCCAUCGUUUCCCUCUUCCUUUCUCUCCUUUGAAUGUGCCUAUCUCCCUUUUACUCUUCUAAUCUCUCUCUGAUCUCUUUUCCUGAAUUCGGACAGAAGAGAAGAGCAGAAGGAGGAAUUUCGAGAAAAUGUGUGGGAUUUUUGCGUACUUGAACUACAACGUGGCCCGGGAGAGAAGGUACAUUCUCGAAGUUCUGUUCAAUGGCUUGAGGCGAUUGGAGUACAGAGGCUACGAUUCUGCUGGGAUUUCUGUCGAUUCUUCUUAUUUUUAUGUGGGUUGUGAGGAUCAUUGCGGGAAUUCAUGCAAACCUCUUCCACCGCUUGUGUUUCGCCAGGAAGGAAACAUCGACUCGCUCGUUAGAUCGGUUUACGAAGAGGUUGCUACAACGGAUUUGAAUUUGGAGGAAUCAUUUCCUAUUCAUGCUGGAAUUGCACACACCAGAUGGGCAACACACGGAGAACCAGCUCCUAGGAAUAGCCAUCCACAGUCUUCUGGCUCUGAAAAUGACUUCUUGGUUGUUCAUAACGGUGUUAUUACUAAUUAUGAGGUUUUGAAGGAGACGCUAGUUCGACAUGGAUUUACCUUUGAGUCUGAAACAGAUACAGAAGUAAUUCCAAAGCUUGCAAAAUUUGUAUUUGACAAGGCAAAUGAGGGAGAAGGUGACCAGACUGUGACAUUUAGCCAAGUUGUCAUUGAAGUCAUGAGGCAUCUUGAAGGAGCAUAUGCGCUCAUAUUCAAAAGUCGGCAUUAUCCAAAUGAGUUGAUUGCUUGCAAACGUGGUAGUCCACUACUCUUAGGUGUUAAAGAAUUAAAUGAAGAUAAAGGCACUGGUGCAUCAUUUCAUGAUGUCAAAUUCCUCACAAAUAGUGGCCAGCCCAAGGAACUCUUCUUUUCUAGUGAUGCCCAAGCCCUUGUGGAGCACACAAAGAAAGUUCUGGUUAUCGAAGAUGGUGAAGUGGUACAUCUUAAGGAUGGAGAUGUAACUAUCCUUAAGUUUGAUAAUGACAAGGGUAAAAGUAAAGGUGGUCAUACUAGACCUGCAUCAGUUCAACGCGCAUUGUCUGUUCUUGAGAUGGAAGUAGAACAAAUAAAUAAAGGAAAGUAUGAGCAUUACAUGCAAAAGGAAAUUCAUGAACAACCAGAGUCUUUAACAACAACAAUGAGGGGGCGCCUUAUACGUGGAGGAUCUUGCAAAGCUAAGAGUGUUCUUUUGGGUGGAAUUAAGGAUCACCUUAAAACAAUUAGACGAAGCAGGAGGAUUGUUUUUAUAGGUUGUGGUACAAGCUAUAAUGCUGCCUUAGCUUCAAGACCCAUUCUGGAAGAGCUUUGUGGUAUCCCUGUUACAAUGGAAAUAGCAAGUGACUUGUUGGACAGGCUGGGUCCAAUAUAUAGAGAAGAUACAGUUGUAUUUGUUAGUCAAUCUGGCGAAACAGCAGAUACUUUGCUUGCAUUAGAGUAUGCACUGGAAAAUGGAGCAUUAUGUGUGGGCAUAACAAAUACUGUUGGCAGCGCAAUAGCCAGGAAUACACACUGUGGUGUUCACAUCAAUGCCGGCUGUGAGAUAGGUGUGGCUAGUACCAAGGCAUACACAAGUCAGAUUGUAGUAAUGGUUAUGUUGGCUCUAGCAAUUGGAGAUGAUACAAUUUCCAAUCAAACAAGAAGAGAAUCUAUAAUAGAUGGUCUAUUUGAACUUCCAAGUAAAGUCCGAGAAGUUUUAAAACUUGACCAGGAAAUGAAGGAUCUAGCAAAAGAAUUAAUGUCUGAGCAGUCGCUUCUUGUGUUUGGAAGAGGUUACAACUAUGCAACAGCUCUGGAGGGUGCUUUGAAGGUGAAAGAAGUUGCGCUGAUGCACAGUGAAGGAAUACUCGCUGGUGAAAUGAAGCAUGGUCCUCUAGCACUUGUGGAUGAAAAUCUUCCCAUUGUUGUUAUUGCUACCCAUGAUGCUUGCUUCAGCAAGCAGCAGUCUGUUAUCCAGCAGCUUCACGCACGCAAAGGUCGUCUGAUAGUUAUGUGUUCAAAGGGGGAGGCAUCAUUAGUUUGUCCUGGUGGAUCAUGCCGUGUGAUUGAAGUUCCUCAGGUUGUGGAUUGCAUUCAGCCUGUAGUAAACAUUGUCCCAUUGCAGUUGUUGGCAUAUCAUCUUACUGUUCUAAGGGGAUACAACGUCGACCAGCCACGGAAUUUAGCGAAGAGUGUAACAACACAAUGAAGGCAAAAGACCCUUAUUCUUUAUAUUCUUUUUUCACCACUUGCGCAUUUGGAAGUAUGGGUUUUCAGCUAACUUAACCUACUCUACCUCUCUUUUGUCCUAUUAUUUCCUUGUGCUGUUUGGUUUCUACUUUAUGCAUAAUAUUUAUAAAGCAGUUUUAUUACUUUUCCUUUUUAUACGGGGUUUCAUCACUCUUAUUUCUUGUAAUUCAUGGCUAUCACUUGAGUAGGCAUUGUAAUUAAACUUCAGCUAUGUGGUUCUUGUGAAUAGUAAUGGCUUAGAGCUUAGUAUCAAAUUUUUUGCUGCU